AUGGCGUCUCGUCAAGAAAGAUAGGAUGGCCUGAAGAAGAGUGAUGAUGAUAGUGGUCGGAAAAAUGAUCGAUAAACGACAUAAUUGAUAAAGUUUAAGACUCUCGUUUUGCUGUUAAACGAACCUCUGCCAUCACUGCGUUGAACCAUAACGGAGUGUAUGGAUACCUGAGGCUGAGGAAAAACGGGGUCGGCUAGCAACGGUAGCAAGGCCAACUGGACCGAACAGUUUUGGCCAAACGUUAAGCUAACCGCCAGUCAUCACAACAACAGAGGAAGGAGAGAGCGGCCACUUGCCCCACUCAUACCCCGGGACAUCGAGGUGUCUUCGGGCAAUGGAAGGGGAAGACUUUGUGCCUCCUCCGGAGUGUCCAGUUUUUGAGCCAUCAUGGGAGGAGUUUCUGGAUCCCCUGGGCUACAUCGCCAAGAUACGGCCAAUUGCAGAGAAGUCUGGAAUCUGCAAGAUUCGACCUCCACAAGACUGGCAGCCACCGUUUUCAGUGGAGCUGGAUACUUUCCGCUUCACACCUCGUAUCCAGAGGCUCAAUGAGUUGGAGGCGGAGACCAGAGUGAAGCUGAAUUAUUUGGACCGCAUUGCCAGGUUUUGGGAGAUCCAGGCUUCUUCCUUGAAAAUUCCACAUAUUGAACGUCGCAUCCUUGAUCUGUACAGCCUGUCUAAGAUUGUGACCGAUGAAGGAGGUUUUGAGAUGGUUUGUAAGGAACGGCGCUGGGCUCGUGUUGCCCAAAGGCUUGGCUACCCUCCAGGCAAGAACAUUGGCUCUCUGCUGCGCUCGCACUACGAGAGGAUCGUCUACCCCUUUGAAAUGUUCCAGUCUGGUGCCAGCAUGCCGCAUUGUAAGCCAAAGCACUAUGAUGGUGAGGAUGUGGAUAAAGAGUACAAGCCACACUCCAUCCCCCUGCGACAGUCUGUGCAGCCAUCCAAAAUGAGCAGUUACGGACGCAGAGCGAACCGCUGCCAGCCUGAUGGUCCAGAGGAUCUGGCCCCCCAUCCUCUCACCACUGGCUCUGAACUCAUCUCUGCGCCUGAACCUACAGAGGAGGACAUAGAGAAGAACCCAGAGCUGAAGAAGCUACAGAUCUAUGGUGCAGGGCCGAAGAUGAUGGGACUUGGACUGGUGGCACGAGACAAAGGCCUCAGGAAGAAAGAUGAGCUUCCUCAAACUGUUACCAUCAAGGAGGAUUUGUCUCCUGCUCCUGCUGAUACCUCGGUCAAAGCAGAGCCUCUGGAGGCUCCAGAGAAGAAGAGUGAAGGAAGCACAUCAAGCCCCGAGCCGCCUCCCCCCAGCCUCACAGUGAAAACAGAAGUGAAAAAAGAAGAAGCGGAGGAAGAGAAUGGGAAAGAGAAACAUGAGGAAGAUGAUAAAGAUGGACCUUUUACCAAAAUGACCAUGAGGCUUAGACGCAACCUCAACAACCCACAGUGUGUGGAUUCUUUUGUGUGUCGGAUGUGCGGCCGGGGAGAUGAUGAUGAGAAACUCUUGUUAUGUGAUGGCUGUGAUGAUAACUACCACACAUACUGUCUACUGCCCCCGCUUACUGAUCCUCCCAAAGGCAAUUGGAGAUGUCCAAAGUGUGUGGCAGAGGAGGUCAAGAAACCCUCAGAAGCGUUUGGCUUUGAGCAGGCCACACGAGAAUACAGCCUGCAGAGUUUUGGGGAAAUGGCGGACGCCUUCAAAGCAGAUUACUUCAACAUGCCUGUCCAUAUGGUUCCCACUGAGCUUGUGGAGAGAGAGUUCUGGAGGUUAGUGAGUAGUAUCGAGGAAGACGUGACUGUUGAAUAUGGAGCCGACAUUCACUCAAAAGAGUUUGGCAGCGGCUUCCCGAUGGACAAUGGCAAGAGGAAGCUCACAACGGAAGAGGAGGAAUAUGCCCGCAGUGGCUGGAACUUGAACGUGAUGCCCGUGUUGGAGCAGUCUCUCCUGUGCCACAUUAAUGGAGACAUCUCUGGGAUGAAGGUGCCGUGGCUUUAUGUGGGCAUGGUGUUCUCAGCGUUCUGCUGGCACAUCGAGGAUCACUGGAGCUACUCCAUCAACUACCUCCACUGGGGAGAACCCAAGACUUGGUAUGGCGUUCCUUCUGUGGCCGCCGAGCGUCUUGAGGGGGUGAUGAAGAAGCUGACACCGGAGCUGUUUGAGUGUCAACCUGACCUGCUGCACCAGCUGGUCACCAUCAUGAACCCCAAUAUCCUCAUGUCUCACGGAGUACCGGUUGUGAGAACCAACCAGUGUGCUGGUGAGUUCGUCAUCACCUUCCCCAGAGCUUAUCACAGUGGCUUCAAUCAGGGAUAUAAUUUUGCUGAAGCUGUUAACUUCUGCACUGCGGACUGGCUGCCUGCUGGACGCUCCUGCAUCGAGCACUACCGUCGUCUAAGGAGGUAUUGUGUGUUCUCCCACGAGGAACUCACCUGUAAAAUGGCCGCAAGCCCGGAGAAACUGGACCUCAACCUGGCUGCAGCUACACACCGGGAAAUGUUUAUCAUAGUUCAAGAGGAGAGGAAGCUGCGGAAGGGUUUAAUGGAGAGGGGCAUUACUGAAGCAGAGCGUGAAGCUUUUGAGCUGCUUCCUGAUGAUGAGAGACAGUGUGAUAAAUGCAAGACAACAUGCUUCCUCUCUGCUCUGGCCUGCUUAAACUGUCCCGAGCGACUUGUGUGUCUCUACCACACUCAGGAUCUGUGCAACUGCCCCACUGAGAAACUCUACCUCAGGUACAGAUAUACCCUGGACGAGUUGUUAGCCAUGUUACACCGAUUAAAGGUCCGAUCUGAGUCCUUUGAUUCCUGGGCUAACAGAGUAAAAGAGGCUCUUGAGCAGGAAGAAGGAAAUAAAAUAGGAAUUGAUGAUCUGGAGAUGCUGAAGAAGGAAGCAGUAGAAAGAAAGUUUCCAGACAACGAACUCCUGCGAAAACUCAACACUGUUGUUAAAGACAUCGAACGAUGUCAGCAGACGAGUUCUGAACUCCUCAGUAACUCAAAGAGCAGUGAAAGUAAGAUGACGUUGGCAGAGCUCAAAUCUUUAGUAGAGACGAUGCAAAACCUGCCCUGUGUGAUCGACCAGUUGGAGGGAGUACAGGCGGUUCUGCAGACCGUGGAGGAAUUCCAGAGUCGAGCUCAAGCGCUGGUCAGUGACAGAGACUGGAGGAGGGAGUCUCCACCAGCUGAGCAGUUGCAGACUCUGUUGGAGCAGGGGGCCAAGCUGCCUGUUGUGGUGCCGGAGUGUGAUUUACUCCGGGGCCUAAAGGAGCAGGGCCAUUGGCUGGAAGAGGUGAGGCGAACACUGGGCACUGAAGGAGGGGAGAGGCAGGAGGUGACGUUGGAGGUGCUGAGGAAUCUGAUGGAAGCAGGCUGUAACGUACCUCAGAGUGUUUCUGUGGAGACCGCCAUGGCAGAGCUGCAGGAGCUGCUCACGAUCGCAGAACGAUGGGAGGAGAAAGCACAGAUCUGCCUCGAACAAAGGCAAAAGCACCCUCUCUCCACGCUGGAGGCCAUAGUAAAUGAGGCCCAGCUUAUUCCAGUCAAGCUGCCCAACAUUCAGGCUCUGCAGGGUUGUCUCACUCGAGCACGAGCCUGGGUGACAGACCUAGAGGAAAUCCAGAAUGGGGAGCAUUACCCAUGCCUGGAUGACCUGGAGGGCCUGGUGGCUAUUGGACGGGACUUGCCCGUUUUCAUGCAAGAGCUGAGACAGCUGGAGCUGCAGGUAGCCAGCGCUCACUCCUGGAGGGACAAGGCCACUAAGACCUUCCUGAAGAAGAGCAGUCCACACAGUCUGCUAGAGGUAUUAUGUCCGUGUGCAAAAAGGAGAGAGAGGCAAGGUGAGACGCAGCAGUUGGAUGAUCCUUUAGAUGAUUCUGAUACCAACACUUUGGGCCUCUCUGCUCACGACCUGAGGGACCCUGCAGCUAUUGUGAUGGCGUUCAAAGAAGGGGAGCACCAGGAGAAAGAGACACUACUGAGGUUACAGCAAUCCAACAUGUGUAAAUCUGGAUUUAAAACCGCAACUCGCAACGAGGACAAGGAGAACGGGAGGUGGGACGACGCCAUGGAGACGGACACAUCCAGCCAAUCAGAGAACUCUGUAAAAGAGAACGGUAACAGUAACCACACCUGCACCAACCCUUCUCAGUCGGUGUGUGUUUGUGGAGGUCAGCCUCGUGCUCCUCAGCUGCGCUGCCAUCUGUGUAAGGACUGGUUCCAUGGCGGCUGCGUUCCUUUCCCCUCCCUGCUCCCCACCUCCGGACCACCAGUGAACCCCCUCUGCUGGUGGGACUGGGACUCACGUUUCUUGUGUCCGCAAUGCCAGCGGUCGCGGCGUCCACGCCUGGAGACGAUCCUGGCGUUGCUCGUGGCUCUGCAGAGGCUACCAGUGCGUCUGCCUGAAGGAGAAGCACUGCAGUGUCUCACAGAGAGGGCCAUCACCUGGCAGGGCCGAGCCAAGGAGGCACUGGAGACACCUGAGCUGCAGGAGGCACUCGAGAGGCUGCAAGAACUCAAAGAAACUCUCCACUGUGACACAGAGAAAGGGGAGGAGGAAGAUUUGGAAAAGGGGACAGAAGGGAGUUCAGUGAUUGUUUUAUCGGACUCCGAUGGAGGGGAAGGAGAGGAAGGAGUCAUUGAUCUGACUGAGGAGUCACCUAAGAAGAAGACCAAGGAAACCAAUGGCACUCAGGUUGGCUGUAAAAAUGGCAUCAGCAAAAAGUCAAAUGUUACAGGUGUGGGGUCUCUGAUGCCCCUGCUGCCUCAGCUCAAAGGCCAGGUAGUGGAGCUUGUACCAGCCACCAGGGUCAAACUGGAGGAGCUGCAGCUGGAAGGAGAUCUGCUGGAGGUGUCUCUGGACCAGACACUUCCCAUCCACAGAGUCCUGCAAGCUGCUUCACUUCCAUCCAGAGAAUCUUUGCACACACUCAUCCAGAUUGAGCUUGAAGAGCAGAGGCGAACCGGACGUGGUCGACCCAAGGACUCUAAAAGGAAGAGAAAGGGCCACAGAAGCAGUGUUGGGGAGGGGGCAGGAGGGAGGUCACUGGAUGCCUCAGAGUCAAAGAAAACCUGUCCUCUCAGCCACAGCCCCUUCCCUCACUUACCUGUCCAGACCCACCCAGAGACAGAUUUUGUGAUGUAGUCGACGCUGGAGCUCUGUUCAAACGGAUCCGUCGUAGGACUUGGGGACAGAAGGUUCUGUGCCAGAAAACAGUGUCAAGUUAUAGAAAGAUGCAGGACAUCCCCCUCCCCCUGUACCGUUCACCCCUCCUCAUUCCUCAUUUACACAUUCAGACACUAACAGAGCAAUGACUCUUCUUCUACACUCCACUGUCUCACCCCAAACUCAGCCAUAUCUCCCCCCAUUGUAAUUAUUCUUUUCCGUCUCACCCGUCUCUCCGCCUUCCCUGGAACAUUUCCCAUGAACAUGUAAAGACUGUUGAAUCGAUGUGGGACUUACCACCAUAGGAGUCUCUUUGGUCUAGAGUUGUCUCUGAGGUCAGUCAGUAUGCUAAUGUUAUCCAAACUGUAUUAAAUGCUAGUUCAGCUGAAGCCUGUCUGAGCGCAGGCAGUUGCAGUUUCAUUUCACUUAAAAAGUCCCCGUCAUUGAAGUUGGAUAAGCUAUGGUUUAAUUCUGUUUUGGGAAUAAACCCUGAAGCUGAGGUACAGCAGAAGGUUUUGACCCCUGAUCUUAGACAACAGCAUCGUUGUUACACUUGUAUUUUUUAUUUUAUUUUUUUAGUUGUACUGAAUCUUGUGUUUGAUGCUGUUUUGAGAGGACAUGCAUUUUGAAUAAACUGAGAACAUUUUGGGAAGUGUUAAAAGAGGCAUUCAUGUUUUUGGUGCUACUUUCCCAGAAUGGACAUCUGUACCUCUUAGCUUUGUCCUUCCCCUCCCACCCCCCCUCCCCAUGAUGCCUUUUCCUUUUCUUUUUUUAACGCCCAUCCUUUUUAUUUUAUUCCUUUCCAUCUGACCUUUUUUCUCUCCCUCCUUCUCUUUCUCUUUAAAAAUUAAGGUAACUUCACUGUAACUCACUUUGUCACAAUUUAUUAUGUUUCCUGGGUUCAAAUUAUAUUAUUAUUAUUAUUAUUAUUAUUAUUGAUAUUGCAGACACACAGUUGUCGUGAGUUUGUGUAAAAACUAUUCAUUUUAAUGUUGCCUUUGUUUCUUUUCACUCUUGCUAGAAAAUAAAGGUUUAGUAUUGUUUAGGA